AUGUCUGUGGCCAAAGAAGUCGAAUUAGCGAAUGCGCACUAUGCCGCGUCCUUCACUAAGGGGGAUUUACAGCUUCCCCCACAGAGGAAGGUGGCCAUCGUGGCAUGCAUGGAUGCUCGACUAGGUCUCGAAGAAGGCGACGCCCAUGUGAUUCGCAAUGCCGGAGGCCGCGUAACCGAUGCACUGCGAAGUAUCAUUAUCUCGCAGCAGUUGCUCGGCACUCGGGAGAUUAUUAUUGUGCACCACACCGGUUGUGGGAUGCUCACUUUCACGGACGAGGUUAUUCGUGACAAGAUCCGUUCAGAUCUGAAUCAGAAUGUGGACCAUAUUGCCUUUCUGCCUUUCAAGAAUUUGGAGCAGAGUGUUUUGGAUGAUAUCAAACUCCUGAAAGAGGAUAGUUUGGUCCUGGAUGUUCCGAUUACAGGUUGCGUUUUCGUAGCAUUACAGGCAAUGUCCAACCCCACGAUCGUCUCGCUAUCCUAG